UCAGCUAACUCAACACUAAAGUAGGGUUUCUCUGGGCUUUCCCGUUAUUCUGUUUACCACUCAGCUUCAUUCUCUGCGAGGCCAAACCCAAGCAACCGUUUCAAUGGAGUCAAAUGGAGGUGACGCUGGUCGGAUCCUCGCCGAAAUUCAAAGCUUGAAGGCUUCUAAGACUGACUUAGAUAAUCGAAUUGCGGCUCUUGAAUCUCAGCUUCGUCUCUUGAAUUUCCAUAACGAUACUGUCUCCUCUAACGGUUCUUGUCCUUCAAUUUCCAAUCCUGAUUUUGCUUUCGGCCACGAUUUAUCUCCUGAUAUGAUUUACCGUUACAGUCGUCAUCUCUUGCUUCCUGCUUUUGGAGUUCAAGGGCAGUCGAAUCUCUUGAAGUCUUCUAUUUUAGUUGUUGGAGCUGGUGGCUUAGGCUCGCCUGCUCUGUUAUAUCUGGCGGCUUGUGGUGUUGGCCGAUUGGGUAUAGUUGACCAUGAUGUUGUUGAGUUAAAUAAUAUGCACAGGCAGGUUAUACAUACUGAAGCAUUUAUCGGUCAGCCAAAAGUGAAAUCUGCAGCUGCUGCCUGUCGUUCGAUCAACUCCUCCAUUCUGAUUGUGGAACACCAAGAAGCUCUGCGUACAUACAAUGCCUUGGAAAUUUUUAGCCAAUAUGACAUAAUUGUAGAUGCAACAGAUAAUGCUCCAAGCCGUUACAUGAUCAGUGAUUGCUGUGUGCUGUUGGGGAAGCCUCUUGUAUCAGGUGCUGCAUUGGGAUUGGAAGGGCAGCUCACUGUCUAUAAUUACAAAGGAGGUCCAUGCUAUCGGUGUCUUUUUCCAACCCCACCUCCUACAACAGCAUGCCAAAGAUGUGCCGAUAGUGGAGUUCUAGGAGUUGUUCCUGGUGUCAUUGGUUGUCUCCAAGCACUUGAGGCCAUUAAAAUUGCAAGUGGCAUAGGUGAACCACUGUCAGGACGGAUGGUUCUAUUUGAUGCGUUGUCAGCACGAAUUCGAAUUGUCAAAAUUAGAGGCAGGUCAUUACAAUGUGAAGUUUGUGGAGAAAAUGCAGCAUUAACUCAGCAGCAAUUUAAAGAUUUUGAUUAUGAGAAGUUCACUCAGUCUCCUUUGGCUACAGCUCCAUUGAAAUUGAACCUGCUUCCAGCAGAUUCCAGAAUAGACAGUGGAGAGUUCAAUGAGAAAAUUGUUAAAGGAGAACCACAUGUGUUGGUAGAUGUACGCCCUGCCCACCACUUUAAGAUUGUCUCUCUUCCCAAUGCGUUGAACAUCCCGCUAUCAAGUUUGGAGGGUCAGUUGCCUGAAAUCUCAUCAGCUCUGAAGGAAGAGAGAGAGCGUAGGGGUAUCGAAUCAGAGUCCGGUGUGAGCCUGUAUGUUGUAUGUAGAAGAGGUAAUGAUUCACAGAGGGCUGUUCAAUUAUUACACAAGAAGGGCUUUAGUUCAGCCAGGGAUAUAAUUGGCGGCUUGGAGGCCUGGGCAAAUGAUGUAGAUCCAAAUUUCCCUACAUACUAAAAAUUGAACAAGACAUUAUUUCUGUGAAAUUAUUAUCAAGUUCCUUUUGUAUUAUUGUACCACUUUUCUACCAAUUGUGAAACAAGAACAGGAAAGACCUGUUGAAGCAUACAUCUCUGUUUUCACAAUGUCUAGAUAUUUUGAUGUUGACAAUGGGUUGCUUCUUGAACAGUAAAGUGGUUGGAUUUGUUGGAGGCUCAA